AUGACGGACCCAGUGCCUCCCUCAAAGCCCAGUCAGGAUGAACGCAUCGAAGUUGCUCCGUCUCCAACACCGGCUCAAGCCCCUGUGCCUGUUCAUCCGCCUUACCAGCACCCCCAAGACGGGCACAAAGUUAGGGCUCUCGAGCUGAUCGAAGACAUUGGACACUCGACUAUCCUUACUCCCGAGAACAACAAACGCGUCCUUCGCCGUAUCGACUUGCGACUGCUGCCCAUUCUCCUGGGCAUCUACUUCCUCCAGCAGCUCGACAAAUCGACUCUCUCCUACGGCUCCGUCUUCGGUCUCAUUGAAGAUGCCAACCUCCAUGGUCAGCAAUACUCCUGGCUGGGCUCGAGCAUCUACCUUGUUCAGCUGAUUGCUCAGCCGGCCAUCGCGUAUAUCCUCGUCAAGAUCCGCUUGGGCAAGUUCCUUGCUGUUAUGGUCUUCUUCUGGGGGAUCUCACUGGCGUGCAUGACCCCGGCCAGGUCCUUCGGGGGGCUGUUGGCUUGUCGGAUCUUUCUGGGGUUGUUUGAAUCCGGGAUUCCCCCUGCAUUUAUCGCCAUUACUCAGAUGUGGUAUCGCCGUCGGGAACAGCCAAUGCGGCUUAGUUCGUGGUAUGCUAUGAAUGGCGUCGUUAACAUGUUUGGCAGUCUCAUCGCCUUCGGCCUCGGUCAUAUCCACUCUAGCCUCGCGCCUUACCAGAUCAUCUUCCUCUUCUUUGGACUUGUUACGAUCGCCUUUGCCUUCAUCGUCUUAUUCUUCCUCCCCGACUCGCCGAUGCAAUCCAAAUUUCUCAACGAAGAGGACAAACUGCUAGCAAUCGAGCGGCUCCGGAUGAACCAACAAGGCAUUGAGACUCACGAAUGGAAAUGGGCCCAUGUCAGAGAAGCAUUCCUCGACCUCAAGUCCUUCUUCUGGUUCGCGUUGAUGUUCUCAAUCUCGAUCCCCAGCGGCGGCAUCACCACUUUCGGACCACUGAUCAUUGAGUCGUUCGGUUUCGACCAGCUCAAGACCAUGCUCUUCAACAUGCCGUUCGGGGCGAUCCAGCUCAUUGCAACUCUGGGUGGCGCAUGGCUCGCGACCAGAUACAAGACCAAGGGAGGUGUUAUCGCGCUCCUCUGCCUCCCUGCUAUCGCUGGCUGUGUGAUGUUGCUGGAGAUUCCCCGCGGCGACGCUCACAAAGGGCCGCUGCUUGCGGGCUAUUAUAUCAUAUCUGUUUACCCCGGCAUUACAACAGCACCGAUGAUCUACUCCUGGGCUGCCGGAAAUACAGCCGGUGAGACGAAGAAGAAGGUCAUCAACGGUAUCUUGCUGGUUGGCCAGUGCGCCGGUAAUGUCGUUGGCCCUAACCUCUAUACCACCGAUGAAGCUCCUGGGUACAGACGUGGUCUCCUUUCCAAUCUCGCCAUGUUCUGUGUCCUCGUUCUACUCUGCGUUCUCAACUUGAUAUACAUCUUCUACCUCAAUAAACGGCAGGAAAAGAGACGUGUGGCUAUGGGCAAGCCCGCGAAGAUCGUCGAUCGCUCAAUGCAGAUUGUCGGUGAGACCGACAUCGACAGCAAGGACGAUGUCAGUCAGAGGGUGGACGAUAAUGCGUUCAAGGAUCUGACAGAUUUUGAGAAUGAGGACUUUGUCUAUGUAUAUUAG